UUUACGGAAGUAACAAGCCGUCGUGGGGAAGGAAGUGGAGGGGAAUAAAAGCCAAUGUUCCCGAACUAUCCUUUUAGUUAUAAUAACUGUAACGUUAGCUAAAUGUCGCAUGGAAUGUAGCUAAACAUAAUGCAGUAUGUAUGAACAGAAUUAUUAACAUAAAUAGGUAGCUAGAGUGUGUACACUGUUAUUUGUGUAUCAUUAUCUAGCCAUAGCAGCCCCGGCACAUCAGUCAUAACUUUCAAACCAAACAAAACGUGUCGCAAUGUAUUUGCACAGGGAAUAAUUGCAAUAUCUAGGUACUUGCAUGCGAAUAUUUGCAGAGAGAGAGAUCAAGACAAUUCCACUGUUUACGUUUGGCAAGCUAGCUCGUUUGCUAGCUAGCACAUCAAAAAUGGGGGCCGAACAAAGUGGAGAUUCAGAGCACAAGCACUCUGACUACAGUUCUUCAGUGGUGCCUUCCCCAGCGAAACAGAGGGCGAAAAUGGACGACAUUGUGGUGGUUACUCAGGGGACCCAGUCAUUGCGUAAUAUCCAUAAUGAUCCAGAUGUUAUCAAGCUUCAAGAGAUCCCUACAUUUCAGCCACUGUUGAAAGGGGUCCUAAGUGGCCAGACAUCCCCCAGCAGUGUGUGUCUGGAGAAGCUGGACUCGGCUCAGGUGCUACAGCUUUGUGUCCGCUACCAGGACCACCUGCACCAGUGUGCUGAGGCUGUAGCCUUUGACCAAAAUGCCCUGGUGAAAAGGAUUAAAGAGAUGGAUCUGUCGGUGGAGACACUGUUCAGCAUCAUGCAGGAGCGCCAGAAGCGCUAUGCCAAGUAUGCCGAGCAGAUUCAGAAGGUCAACGAGAUGUCCAUGAUCCUGAGGCGCAUCCAGAUGGGCAUCGACCAGACAGUGCCGCUCAUGGAGCGGCUCAACAACAUGUUGCCUGAGAGUGAGCGGUUGGAGCCCUUCAGCAUGAGGCCUGACGGGGAGGCCAAGUAGCCGGCAGUGGAGACACAGACUCUGUCACUAACCCCCCCCCUUCUCGUUACCCUGUGGGAUCUUGGGAUACAGGUCUACUGAAGUUUACACUGCGAUGUUCUAGGAACCUCAUUGGAUCACCCGUAUUGAAUAUCUAAAGACUAGUGGUGGUGUGUUAUUUAUGUCUGCUUAAGGCACAUUUUGGUUAAAAUAUCUCCCUCAAAGUGUGAAAUUCACUUGGGACAUUGUUUAAGUUAUCGUCAUGUUUCAAGUCUGGUGUGUCCAAAAAAUCUUGGGUUGUAUGGUGUCUUGUACACGUGUGAAGCACUGAAGAAUUCAUUGUUUCAGGUCAGAAAACUCAACUUGCUAUAUAGUUAAGUGUAUCUUUCUUGCAAUUCAUACAGAUUAUUUUUUUGACAGACUAACAUCAUAAGCCGUGACUUUACUGGACAUGUAUUGCAUUUAAAAGAAGCCAUGCAGCCAACAUCUAUUUUACAUAUGUGGCAUGUUUAGCUAUAGCAUUGAAUGUUAUGGACAUGAACCUGGCCUUGCUUUAAUGUAUCAGUUUCUUGAUGUAAUGUGACUAACAUGCACAUGUUUAGUGUGGGACUGAAUGCAUUUCAGUGACAUUUUGAAUUGCCUUUUGGAAAAUGCUUUUGACUAAAGACCUGAAAGUUGGUUAGAGACAACCUGAACAUGUGUGUUUUCACCUUUAAGUGAAAACACACAUAGUAUAGGCAUACCUGCAAAAAACGGAUCCAGUCGGGUUGCUGCUAAGGAAUUGUGCUUGCAGCACAAAUGUUUCAUUGUAGUUAUUUCUAGUUCUGAUUGUCAUCUUUUGAAAUGAAACACUCCACCAUUGGUACAGCCUAUGAGAUUCCUUUCAUGUAUAAAUUGAAUAGAGUGAUACAAUUGCCCACCAUUAUUGAGGAGUUUUGUUGGAUGGGGGAAAAAACAGAAAUGACAAUGUGAAUGGAAUACAGAUCAGUGAAGCCCAAGAACGUCACACCUUGUAUUGAGUAUAAAUCAAAUCAGUUUUCCUUUUGUAUUCAGAAAAAUGGGUCUAUGGCUCAGUGUGUACGUGUGUGUGUGUGUGUGUUCACAACAGUGGGUAGGAGUGAAAUUCUUAUCCAAAGAAUUCCAAGAUACAGGCCAAAUAUUGUUUCUCUAAAACUUGGAUAAGUACUUAACAUACUGUAGAGAAAAUAUGCCUACACAUCGUGCCUACAAGUCGUGUUGUGGUUGCAUAGUAGGAUUUUUGUUUGACAUCUUUUUAAUCUCAGUGUUUUUAUUCAUUGUGUAUGAACGGUAAUCCUGUUAUUCCUUGAAACAUUUCAAAAAACAAAAAUGUCACUUUAAACACUAAUAGAUAUCGUAGAUAGUAUUUAUAGUUGGAAGACAUUUAAGGCAACUUGUGGUGUUUUAGAUCCACAGGAGCAUUCUGUAUUUUAGGCAGCUAAUCCCCUUGUGUGUUGUGACAUGAAGCAUUUGUGAGUUAUUAGUUAUGUAGAUUCGCUUGUGCCGUCAAUUAUUGCAAUUAUUACAAAUUAGACUUGAUUGUAACAGUGAACCAUAUCAAAAAUGUGCAUGUGGAUUUGUCUACCAGGAAUUAUUAUCUGAGAUGUUGAAAUCAUUGAAUACGAUACAAAAAGAAUAAUAUCAGUACAACACCAAUUGGAGUUUCAUUACUGACCUCCAUUCAGAUAGAGUGCCAACCUAUUACAUUUCUAUGCAUAGUACAGUACAGUAUACUGUUUCUUUGAAGCUGAAAUUGAAAAUACAAAACAAAUGGGUGUUUUUGUGAGUGAUUGCUCAAGUUGAUUAUGAUGAGUGGAUAGUUCAUAAUCAUCCUCAAAAGAGAAAAAAAAUGUAAGACUGUUGAAUGAAAUCCCAGAUAAAAACCACUGAAUAAUUUUGCUUUUUUAGGUACUUAAAUAUGGCCUAUUAAACGAAGGCAGCGUGCAGCGGGGCUUUGACUGGCCAAUAUCUUUUUUCAAUAAACUAGAGUUGACUUUU